UUAUUUCUCGUCUAUUACGUAGACACGUCACACGUGAUCCGUGAGUUGUUUCCUGACUAUUCCGAGUCAUGACUCGUUACUCGUACGAGAAACUCAGCGGGAAAUCAGUUUUGUGCUUUGUGUAAGAAAAAAGAAAAAAGAAAUCUCCAACGAAAAUAAACAAAGUGAAGAAAGAAAAGUAGAUUAGCAAGAACUAGGGUUUCCUCAAUUCCAGGCCAAAGAGGAAAGUUAAGAAACGUGUGAAUGGCGGACGGUUACUGGAAUCGGCGACAGCCAACUCCUCCGAUGCUGUCUUCCAGUGGGGCGCUUAAACGACCUCGUACUGAAUACGAUGGCCCACCUUCUGGGCUACAUCCAUCUCAUGAGAUGCAUAAUUAUUUGGCAAGAGACAGUGAUCGUGGUGGACAUCUGCCUGUAAAGGAUACAAAAACAAUUGGGUCGGCAUAUGACCGCUAUCUGCAGAGUGCACAAAUUUCUUCUUUUCCUUCUGGAGAAGCAAGAACAUUUGGUGGGUUGGGAAAGCCUGUUGGUGGUGCAAUGCCUGCUCGUCCAAUAGCUGAUCCUCCUGUGAUGGGUCGUCCUGGAUCUGCUGCUCCAGAUAUGGUACCAAAUGGUCGAAAUGUAGGUUAUGGUAAUCAACUUCCGUUGGAUGCAAUGUCGAGGCUAGGUCGGGAUACUGUACCUCUACCUCCAGAUGCUUCCAAUACUCUAUAUGUUGAGGGACUUCCUUCUGACAGCACAAGGAGGGAAGUAGCCCACAUCUUUCGCCCUUUUGUGGGAUAUAAAGAAGUACGACUAGUCAGCAAAGAAUUCCGACAUCGUGGUGGAGAUCCUCUUAUCCUCUGUUUUGUUGAUUUCACCACUCCUGCUUGUGCAGCAACUGCAAUGAGUGCCUUGCAAGGUUACAAAAUUGAUGAACAUGAUCCCGAUUCUAACUACUUGAGACUUCAGUUUUCUCGGUACCCAGGCCCAAGGUCAGGUCCAGGAGCUCGUGGAAGGAGGUGAAUGUCAUUUUCUGGAUAGAACUAAUCUGUAUUCAAGUCAUGUUUAAGCCAAUUUUGAUGGUUCACAUCUUUCCUAUAUAUGGCUGGGUUUUGAGGAGUGGAGAUGUUAAUUAAAUAGUAUAUUUAGGACUAGCAACCUAAAUUGCUCAAUCUGGCUAACUGUUGGCACUAUAGAUGCACAGAAAUCUAGGAGACUGGGGAUUGAGAAAUUCUCGAAUUGCUUGCACAUUUCAGGAAGCUGUGUUGUAGAAUAACCUUUUAUAUAAAACUGAAAGAUCUGUUUUCCUUUUGGUGGUAUAGAUCAUGGUAGCAUUUCGAUCUAGUGUUUUAAAUAGAGAAAUAAGUGCUUUUUUUCA